GAGAAGCGUUACUGUAGGUUUAAAAUUCUGUGACAGACAGUAGUAAAAAAAAAAAAAAUUACCCCUUCAUAUCUCAAAGUCGACAGAUCUUUAUAAAUAUAAAGUUAGACACUUCGCAGAGAUGAACAGAUUACAGUGUGUUGGAAGGCCUUCAGAAGUCUCAUCCAAAGUCAAUGAAAAGGAGGUUGCACCCUUAAAACCAGAGGUUGGCAGCUCACUAGAUCCGGUGGCAAAAGAAUCAGUGGAAUGGAAACCAAAGAAACACAAACCAAAACUUAGUGGAAAGACAGAAGGACAGGGACCCUCUGUAAACGCUGAGACAACAAAUAUGAAACUCAAAGAUGCAAGUUCCACAAGGCAAAUGAAAGCAAAACCUAGUGAAAAGACAGAGGGUCAGGAUCCUUCUGUAAAGACAGAGGUCAAUCCUUCCCUGAACUCUGAAACAUCAGAUACCACACUCAAAGUACACACUUCAAACAGCAGCAGAGGGUAUAAUGCCUCUAAAGCUCCGUCCUUCAGAAAUGUAACCAGGCAUGGACAUAAACUACCUAAACAGGCUCCCCCUAUUAUGACAGCAUUAGAAAAACAAGGAGAAUGUGAUGUCCAGUCAGAAAGUGUGCAUGAACUACAUAUCCAGGCCCCUCAAGUAGUGCUCUCUGCAAAUGACCAGGAUCCUCAUGAGGCACAGAGUGAAGAGGAUGGAAAUGAGAGCGUUGAAGGACACGUGCCGCUAGAAUUGUUUGCAGAGUUUCUACAGGCCGUGAUGACAAGGAAUUACAAACUUGCAAAGAAACUCUGUCAGAUGAUUUUAAUUUAUGAGCCUCAGAACUCAGAGGCUAAGAGCUUCCUGCCUCUCAUAGAAGAAAAAUUACUGAUAGAAGCAGAUGAGGAAUCAGAUGAUGAUGAUGAUGAAUCUGAUGAAUCGGACACAUCUGAUGAUGAUGACGUUGAAGAUGAUGAUGAUGAUGAAUCCUCUGACACCAAUGAAGAGUCCACUGACAGCACAGAUGAUACAUCAUCAUCUUCAUCAUAAACAACAAACAAACAAACAAACAGUCUAGUAGAUCUAGUGGUCCUAAUCACGUACAGUAUUGUUUUUGUAUUAAUACAUCUGAUGCUCAUAAACAGUGUGUGUCAUGUUUAGCAUCUCAUGCAUGCUCAGAAAUGUCUAAUACUGACUGGACUUUAAAUUAUAUUCUGCGUGAAUUGUAAUAUAUAUGUUUUAAGAUAAUAAAAUCGCUAUUCCCUACUUGAUUUUUUUCGGUUUAGUUAUUCAGAAAGGUGCAAGACAUUAUAGCGCCAUCUAAUGGAGGGGAAAAACAGUUUCACAAUUUGAACCGGGGUUAGGUGUCACACUGGAAAGUUGUCAUAAAGCUCCCCAUAUAACAAGGAACGUUCUUUAUUGCUAAUUUUCUGGAAUGGUUCUGUCAACAUUU